ACUUUAUUCUUUAUAUUUGUUUUGAUGAACUACAUCUUUAUAAACUUAUUUUGUAUUGUUUUACUUUUCAACUUUCUCAGAAAUUAAACGAAUUUAUUGUAUUCUUAAGAUCAUGUUGCAUGAACUUUCAAAGAAAAAACAUCAAGGAUACCGAUCCCCGAAUUCAAUGCACUCGCGCUCCUUUCGCUACCUUUCUAAAUAUUUUUCACCGAUUUUUACAAUGCCAGCCAUAUUAAUUCCUAUAAAAGCACUGAUUAAUGCUCAUCAGUAUCUACAAGUACCAUUACAUGUGAUCAGAAAUCUUUGAAAGAUAUACACAUUUCCCAAAGAUAAAUUUUUUUUUCGAUACUGAAUUAUGGCUAAUCCUACUUCAAAUGAUAGCGGAUACUCUUCCCCGAAAGCCAUUGGAAAUGAAGGGAAAGAGAAUGAUAUGAACUAUACUGUAGAAGGUAAGGCUAGAAGUGAAUAUUCUUCUAAAAUUCAUAAUUUUUCAGAUAGAAAUGUACGUCCGAAUAUAAGUUAUAGAGAGAUUGUGGCUAAGAUUCUCCUUAAUAGCGAAAAAGGCGAAAUGUCCUUAAGAGAAAUAGUAGAUAAGAUAGCUGCUGAAUACGCAUAUUACGAGAAUUCAAAGAGAAAUUGGCCGAGUUCAGUUCGUCAUACAUUAUCCGUUUCGGAUUGCUUCGUAAAAGCUGGAAGAGCGAAAGGUGGCCGAGGUUACAAAUGGAAAAUAGAUGAAUCAUUCAUAAAAUUCUUUCGACAAGGCAAAUUUGAUAUUAAGAGCGGAUCGUCUAGUCUUUCAUCAUGCAGACAGACAUCAACACCCAAGAUAGACCGUAAAUCGAUCGAACUUAGUCGAGAGUCGCCUUUUUUAAUUGAGCCUAUAACUCCUUUCGUAAAUCCUACUUCUUUCACCAAAACUCCUUUUGUUCUUCAAUCCGAAACUACAUAUAUCGAAUCCUUUGAUUGCCUAAUACCUCAGUUGAAUAAAGCUUCAUGGUCUUCAGAUGAAGGAACGGCUUUCUUAAACACGGAGGCUUAUUCAUACAAUAAGCUUAUGUCUCCUAUAGACAAUUACUGCUUAGACAAUUCUUUGGGAGUUUUCAGAGAUUGCAUGUAUUCAAUUGUAUGUGUUUCCUUCUAUCCAAAUAAAUCAAAGUCGGAUUUUUAUGGAACAUGCAAUCAACCACCAUUGAUUUGUCCCUUCUCCUGGACAAAUAUUACAGUAAAGGGAGGUCCUAAUCGUUGCUUAGACGUAAAAUGUGAUAAACGCUGCUACAUAAAAUUUCAUUUGGUUCACCGAAAUAUUUUAUUAAAUCCAGUAACAAUUAAAACUAAUCAGUUCACUAAAUUGUUUACUGGAAACAUUUUUCAAAUCCUACCUAACGUAUCAAGACUAAAAGUGGAAUGGAUGGACGAUACAGAUAUUAUCUCUAUUGCUUAUAGAGCAAUGUAUUGUAAUCCUAAUAAAAAGUCUACUAUAUGUAAAAGUCCUCUUUGUAUGGGAAAUGAUAAUCGCCAUAGAGGAGAGUGCAGGAAUGCGUCAGGACAAAAUAUAUGUAAAAAGCCACUCAGUCUUAAAGUUAUUAUAACUGCCGUAAUUGGAUCUUUAGUUUGUAGUCUUAUUCUUGUAAUCUCACUGGGAUGUAUUCGUAAAUUUCAUGUUCUUGAAAGAAGAAAUAGUGAUAGUCAAAUUAGCAAUUCAGACAAUACGGAACAAACUCAUUUUAUGGCUUGUGCACUCCCUGCUGCUGCUGCUGCUCCUCCUCCUCCCUAUGAUGAUAUAACAGAAAACUCUUUACCUUUCGAUGAUUUGGUCCAAGUCGUACAACAUUCUGAAGAAGGCCAUUCGGAGGUAAAUAAUAUAAGGAAUCUCAUGGAAGAGAAUUAUGCCAUUGCGUCGGAAGAAUCUCAAAGAGAGCGUCGUAAAUCUUUCGAUAGUGAUACUCUACUGCAAGAAUUAAAGACCGACGAUGAUAAUCGAUCAAUAUUUGACGAUGAACGCGUCGAUAUAAGUGACAUGUUACCUAUUAUUUAG